AUGAAAUUUUCUAAAGUUGCUUCAAUUGCUAUUCUUGCUUUAUCUGCUCAAGCUGCCAUUGUCCAAUCCAACCAGGAACCAACAAAGGCUAAAAAAGAUGUCAUUGCCAGAGACGUUACUGGUGCUGUUGGUGUUAACAUUCUUUCUAAAAGAGAAAAUAACUAUGAUGCUCUUGUCAAAAACGAUGAAUUAUCAAGUAUUCUUCCAAUUCUCAUUAGUGCAAUUUCUGCUGCUUUACCAGAGAUCAUCAAGAUUGUCAGUGGUCUUUUGGGAAAUUCCUCAACUGCAUCGUCUACUGGCUCCUUGAAUGAACAAGAUGUAAUUGGUGAUAUUGUCAAUGAAGUCAAGAAAGUUCUUCCUCAAGCUAUCUCUAGUGUUCAACAAAAUGCUGGUAACACCAAAAGAGACACCACUACAGAACUUAUUCAAGCAAUUAUUCAAGAAGGAGUCAAGCUUACCCCUGAAAUUAUCUCUUUCCUUCAAAAAAUUGCUCCUCAAGUUAUUGAAGUACUUACCAAGGAAGCUCCUCAACUUCUUCAAGGUUCCUUUUAA